AUGCUUCCCCUCAACCUAAACACACCGCGGCGCGGCGCGGACUCGCUGCCAUCUGAGUUCGAACAGCCCUUCACUACCGACGUCUUGGUAAUCGGAGCAGGCAUUUCGGGCCUUGCCUGCGCGGCGCACCUUCGGAGCACGGGAUUACGUGUCAUUGUACUGGAAGCUCGCCAUCGUCUUGGCGGCCGUCUCCAUACCAUUGCUAUUCACAGUGGCAGUGGUCUUAAUGCUAGUUGCCCUCAGAAAAGCUAUACGGUGGACCUGGGUGCGGCCUGGGUCCAUGGCAUCGGCAGUGCCGGCGCGCCCAACCAGCUUUAUAGCCUGGCUUGCGAGCUGGGUCUAGGCUGCCGGCCAACUGACUACAGCGACGCGGCGGUAUACACUGCGGGGGGAAUUCGACUGGCGGAUCAAGAUGUCGCUGACAUUGAGCGUCUGUAUCACGUCUUUGAGCAGCACCUACUCGCGAUGCUCCACACAUCCGACCCGGGACCGGCGCUGAUGACAAUCCAGGCAGCUCAGGACGCCUUCGCCGCCGCACACAGUCUGUCGUCCGCCCAGUCGGCGGCGCUGUCGUACGCUGUAUCAAACCAUAUGGAGCAUUACUGGGCGGGGGAGGCACGGAGCAUGGGCGUGGCCGCACUGGACGAAGUCGUACUGCCCGGCGGCGAUGUCGUACUGACGGAGGGGUAUGGUGCCAUGGUCGGCCGCCUCGCCGCCGGCCUGGAUAUACGGCAGGGGCAUGAGGUGGUUGCCGUACAGUACGGCGGCAGCGGUGUCGGUAGGUCUGAAGCUGGUGUGGCGGUGACGGCGCGGGUGAGUGGCAAAGGCGAAGGCGGCGUAGUAACUCUGACGGCGCGGGCUGCCGUGGUGACGCUGCCGAUUGCCGUACUGCGGUCGGGAGUCGUGGAGUUCAGUCCGCCGCUGGCGGCGGUGGAUCCAGGGAAGGCAGCCGCCAUCGGCAGGCUCGGCGUUGCGGUGUACAACAAGGUGGUGAUGCUGUACGACGCAGCUGACGUGUUUUGGGACGACACGGCAUUCAUCUACCGCAUUCCGGCCCCUUGGGAGGCGGGUCGUUGGAGCUACUUUCUAAACCUGCACAAGGUAUCGUCGUGGGUCGUUACGUUAGGGUGGUGUGAAGCGUUAUGGGUAACCGGUGCGCCCAUUCUCGUGGCCUUCAAUCUCGGAGAGUCCGCCCGGCGACUGGAGGCAGGGAGCGAUACGGAGGUGGUGCAGGGAGCGCUGCAGGCGCUGGCGGGUAUGUAUGGUACGGCACGUGUACGGCAGCCACGUCAGGCUGUGGUGACGCGAUGGGGGAGCGACCCGCAUUCCAGGAUGUCGUACACGUACGUGCCUGCUGGAGUUACUGGCGCCGCAUUCGACGACCUGGCUCGUCCCAUUCUGGGCUGUCUGUACUUUGCUGGGGAGGCCACACACCGCCGUCACUACGGUACGGCACACGGUGCGUACGACUCCGGGCGCCUGGCGGCAGCCGCCAUCCUGCAGCAGCUCCGCGUUAACGGCAUCUCGCCGCCGCCGCCGCGGAAGUGGGCCCCCCUGGGGCUUUUCACGGCCAGAACGACGGCGGCGGCGAUGUACGGACAUCACAAAUAG